GGGAGGAGGGCUGCGGGGCCGGGGCGUUAGCUGCGUCCCGGCUCGGAGCCCGCGAAGAGGACUAGGAGGAGGGGGCCGCCGUGGCCGCGGCCGCAGUGCUCCGGCAGCGACGAGCCAUGAGCAGCGGCCCCGCGGGCGACCCCGCUGUCGCUGGCCGCCGCUGAGCGCGGCCGGGGGACAGCUCGCCGCUCCCCAGCAGCCUCCGCUGCCGGCACCCUCGCGCCCGGAGUAUUCAGGUUCUCAGUACAGAAGGUUCUUGCUGCUUUGCUGCACUGCGUUCCUGGAAGUCACCUGCAGAUCCCCCGAGGAAACUGGAACAGUGCAAAAUCCAGGGGAUUGCCUUCUUCGCCCAAGGGUUUACCAGCAAAUGAAAAACUGGUGCAGCCAAGUGCGUAACAAGAAGACCUGCGGUUCUGGGACGUGAGAAGAGAGAGUGACAUUGGAGAAAUUCUGUUCGAACCGUUUGCUUCUUACUGUAGUUUGGAUCCCUUGCAUUCAGUGUCGUCCGGACUCUGAGCUGCGCAGAAAGAGAAACAUGAUUCCGGUGACAGAAUUCCGGCAGUUCUCUGAGCAGCAGCCGGCCUUCCGUGUGCUGAAGCCAUGGUGGGACGUGUUCACCGAUUACCUGUCGGUGGCCAUGCUGAUGAUCGGCGUAUUUGGAUGCACUUUGCAGGUCAUGCAAGACAAGAUAAUCUGCCUUCCAAAAAGAGUUCAGCCUUCUCAGAACCACUCUUCUGUUUCAAAUGUCUCUCAAGCCGUGGCCAGUACCAUCCCACUGCCUCCACCGAAACCGUCUCCUACUAACCCGGUCACAGUGGAAAUGAAAGGCCUGAAGACAGACCUGGACCUUCAGCAGUACAGCUUCAUUAACCAGAUGUGCUACGAGCGAGCCCUCCACUGGUAUGCCAAGUACUUCCCUUACCUCGUCCUCAUCCACACACUGGUCUUCAUGCUCUGCAGCAACUUUUGGUUCAAAUUCCCUGGCUCCAGCUCCAAAAUCGAGCACUUCAUCUCCAUCCUGGGGAAGUGUUUUGACUCUCCCUGGACCACGCGGGCUUUAUCUGAAGUGUCCGGGGAGGACUCCGAAGAAAAGGACAACAGGAAGAACAACAUGAGCAGGUCCAACACCACCCAGUCUGGCCCGGAAGGCAGCCUGGUCACCUCCCAGUCCCUGAAGUCCAUUCCUGAGAAGUUUGUGGUCGACAAGUCCACGGCGGGGGCUCUCGAUAAGAAGGAGGGUGAGCAAGCCAAGGCCUUAUUUGAGAAGGUGAAGAAGUUCAGGCUGCACGUGGAAGAAGGUGACAUACUCUACGCAAUGUAUGUUCGCCAGAUGGUACUUAAGGUUAUAAAAUUCCUAAUCAUCGUUGCAUAUAACAGCGCCCUGGUCUCCAAAGUCCAGUUCACAGUGGACUGUGAUGUUGACAUUCAAGACAUGACCGGAUACAAAAACUUCUCUUGCAACCACACCAUGGCCCAUCUGUUCUCGAAGCUCUCCUUCUGCUACCUGUGCUUCGUAAGCAUCUAUGGACUGACGUGCCUGUAUACCUUGUACUGGCUGUUCUACCGUUCUCUGAGGGAGUACUCGUUUGAGUACGUCCGGCAGGAGACUGGAAUCGACGACAUUCCAGAUGUGAAAAAUGACUUUGCUUUUAUGCUUCAUAUGAUAGAUCAGUAUGACCCUCUGUAUUCCAAGAGAUUUGCAGUGUUCCUGUCUGAAGUGAGCGAAAACAAACUGAAGCAGCUGAACUUGAAUAACGAGUGGACUCCUGAUAAACUGAGGCAGAAGCUGCAGACGAACGCCCAUAACCGCCUGGAACUGCCUCUCAUCAUGCUCUCUGGCCUUCCAGACACUGUUUUUGAAAUCACAGAGUUGCAGUCUCUGAAACUUGAAAUCAUUAAGAACGUAAUGAUACCAGCCACCAUUGCUCAGCUCGACAACCUCCAAGAGCUCUCUCUGCACCAGUGCUCGGUCAAGAUCCACAGCGCGGCACUCUCCUUCCUGAAGGAAAACCUCAAGGUCUUGAGCGUCAAGUUUGAUGAUAUGCGGGAGCUGCCCCCCUGGAUGUACGGACUCCGGAACCUGGAGGAGCUCUACCUGGUUGGCUCGCUAAGUCAUGAUAUUUCCAGAAACGUUACCCUUGAGUCUCUGCGGGAUCUCAAAAGCCUUAAAAUUCUCUCCAUCAAAAGCAACGUUUCCAAAAUCCCGCAGGCAGUGGUGGAUGUUUCCAGCCACCUCCAGAAGAUGUGCAUUCACAACGACGGCACCAAGCUGGUGAUGCUCAACAAUCUGAAGAAGAUGACCAACCUGACUGAGCUGGAGCUGGUCCACUGCGACCUGGAGCGCAUUCCUCACGCCGUGUUCAGCCUGCUCAGCCUCCAGGAGUUGGACCUCAAGGAAAAUAAUCUGAAAUCUAUAGAAGAGAUCGUUAGCUUCCAGCACUUGCGAAAGCUGACUGUGCUCAAGCUGUGGCACAACAGUAUCGCCUACAUCCCAGAGCACAUAAAGAAGCUCACCAGCCUGGAGCGCCUGUCCUUCAGCCACAACAAGAUAGAGGUGCUGCCUUCCCACCUCUUCCUGUGCAACAAAAUCCGAUACCUGGACUUGUCCUACAACGACAUUCGAUUUAUCCCACCUGAAAUCGGAGUUCUGCAAAGUUUACAGUAUUUCUCCAUCACUUGUAACAAAGUGGAGAGCCUGCCAGAUGAACUCUACUUCUGUAAGAAACUGAAAACUCUGAAGAUUGGGAAAAACAGCCUAUCAGUACUUUCCCCGAAAAUUGGAAAUUUACAAUUUCUUUCCUACUUAGAUGUUAAAGGCAAUCACUUUGAAAUCCUCCCUCCCGAACUGGGCGACUGCCGGGCUCUGAAGCGAGCUGGCUUAGUUGUAGAAGACGCUCUGUUUGAAACCCUGCCUUCUGAUGUCCGGGAGCAGAUGAAAACAGAGUAACUUAUUUUUGUUUAAAGUUGGGCUGAAACACGCUUCUACCAAAUACAGUGUAAAUAAUUAGGUAAUCUUAAUGCCUUUCCUACUUUUUUUCUUUUUCACACAAAACAAAAUGUGCACAAAGAAUGAGUAAGGAGUAUGUAUUUUUUAAUAAAAAUUUAAUUGUAUUUUUUCAAAAUUAAUAUUUUAAAGUUUUAUUUGUCCUGGAACCUAAUGUAUCUAUUAUUAUUUUCUACUGACAAAAACAUGGUUCCAUCUGUUUUUUGUUUUGUUUUGUUUUGUUUUGUUUUUGUUUGGUUUGUUUUGGGGUUUUUUUUUUGUUGUUGUUGUUUUGUUUUGUUUUGUUUUACCCCAGUUCAUUCUUGUGAAAGGGAGGGAAUUUUAGUUGCAUGCUUUCUGGUGUUUCUUAAAUAGAUGAAGAUAUUUUGCCAAGGUCGUAUUUAGCUUGUUUACAUCUCUACAAGGUUCUUAUUGUUGGUUUUCAUUGUAUGUGAACCAAGGAAUCUGUGCUAGUUAUUUUAAUACCAGCUGCCUUCUCCAUCGGCCAAGUCCUUCAUGCUACAGAAAACUCUUCUCUGGAGUGUAAAUUCACAUAAGUGCAUUGCCAUAGACGCUUCACAUUUUCUUCUUACCUCCAACAGAACCCUAAGUUAUAUUCUUUCAUAUACCUGACAGGCAAGAAUUUUUGUGAGUAAAGACAAUAAUCUUCCAAGGUCAAAUGCUUGAACUGGUCAUUUAUAAUUUAAAUGAUUUAAUUUUUACCAACAUCUUUAAAUGAUAUUUUAAAAAUGAAAUACAGAGAUUCCUCCCCUUUAAUACCAACAUUGCUAUGCAGUACUGGUGAGCAACCUUAGAGAAGCUAGAUUUAUUUUAAUUAAAAUAGGUAAUUAAAUUUAAAAAUCAUAGAAUUAGAAGCCUGUUUUUUUUUAGUAAUUUAAUCAUCUUUGAUAUCUUGAUAUGUGAAUACAUCUGAUGGAAAAAAAAAAAUGCACUACUGAAGCACUCUGUUACAGAGCUGAUGCACUCCAGCCAGGCGGACCGACCCUCUGGGCAGUGCAGCUGUGGGGAGCUGUUCAAAUUCUGCCUGUUACACGAAACGAUCCAUGUAUGUGUAUAUAUGUUAACCAGUCUCCCUCAAGCCUGCCCUUCCUGCGAAUGCUAGUGUUCCAAGCACAGGAACUGCUCUCUUUGGCAUCAAAUAAGCAUAUCUCAUCUGAAAUGAUUUUGUUACUUUUUUUUCCAAGUGUGAAUAACUUGCUAAGCAAACAUCACUUAGAAACAGUCUUUGCCUGGUGUCAGCAGAGCUUUCAUUUAUCUGUGGACUGAAAAAUCCAACAUAGUAUGGGUUUGGGGCAAAAUUUUUCACUGACUGCUAAACUGUAUAGAAUGGGAACAUGAAAACACUAUUUGUGCUCUCAACCUGGGACAGGUCCCACCUAAAUGGGAACUUUGUUUCAUUCUCCAGCUUUGCACUGAGUGUUUCUGAAACCCUGGUCUGAGCUAAGGGACUUCUGCGACUUAAUGAAAGGCAGUAGGAAGAUGGUUUGGGGUUUAAAAAUGCUGCUUCUAAAAUUUACUCCUUGACCCUGGUGACUUUGCUUAAUGCUACUUUGAGUCAUUCACGGAACACAGCUAUAGGAACUACUCAACAGAUACAUGUACCUCAGCUGUGUUUUAAAUAUUAUGAUACAUCAUGGAGUAAAGGAUUUGGGGAAGAGAUGCUUUUCAUUUAUUUAAUAAUUGAAUCAUGUAGACCAAGGUGCUUUGCUGUUUCUGCUCUGUGUUCAAGUGUUAGAAUGGUGAUUUUAUAAAGCUGGUUUCUUUCCACCUGGAAUUGAAACAAUAUGUUUAGAAUAGUGACAUGGUUAUAUUUCUUGUAGGAUAAAAUAUUCAAUUCUAGAAUGUUGUUAGGAUCCUGAUUAUAAACAAUGUGUUGUGUUUAGAACCUGUUUUAAGCAAACAAAAUACUCUACAAGAUUGUGCGUGGCUGGGCACGACAAGGCUGCAUACCCCCCUGUUGAAAGGUGAGCUUUGAUAACUACUGGUGAAACACUGGGUGCACUGUUUUUCUGGUGAAAAUUUAUAGUUAUUUUCUAUAUCACCCUUUAAAGGGGAUCUGUUCAGGUUAAAAAUCAUAUUUAUGCUGAAGUCUCUAUCUGGUGUUAAUUCAUAAUCUCACAUGGGUUCCUAACUGAAGUAAAUCGCUAAUAAUUAGUCUUUGUGACAGUUUGCUCGAAAUGCCAAAAGAAUUUGAUUUGCUUUCUUAAUGAUUUCACAGGCUCUAACCUAAGUUCUAAAUAACAUCCAGUCAAUCAGUAUAAGUUCUAUGACUUUAUGUUUUAACUAGGAAAAAAAAAAUGCAUAGAUGUUUCUAUUAGAUUUUAUAAAAAUUCAAAGUGCUCAAACUUCAUCUUGAGUCUAAAUUUUCUGACUCUGGCCCUUUUUAAUAUUGUCUAUUUUUGUUCACAUUAUUAAGUAAAAAAGCAUUUAAUUACUAUUUAGCUUUUAAAUGGGAAACUCAGGUAAAUGAACUGCUGACUUUUCUGAAGUCCUUCAGUGAAUCAACUCAGUGUUCAAAGGGGUAUUUACCUAAUCCCUUUCGUAUUUUACAAGUGCUCUUGCUAAAAAGGAACAACUAGCUCUAUUUCUCCAGCUUCUGCAGACUUCAUGAGAAGCUGCUCGUGUGCAUAUAAAGGUAUCCAUCAUAUGCACCGUUAAACCCUGUAGCUGCUGGACACUGACACCCAGGAUGAGUGUGCUUUUGGGUCAGUGUUAAUGGUUAAGUGUAGAACAGACAACUAUUUGGUGAUGAUCUGGCUGAAAUAGAGUGUCUAAGUAUAUCCCAAUGGAACUCGCCCGAGAAGAGCACACCUCAGGAAGCCAGCUAUGGGGUGGCUUUUCAUUUUGUUUUGUUCUUGACACAGCACUUUUAAUGGAAGAGUUCUUGGUGCAGUAAACCCUGACCCUUGCACUGGUAAAGUCUCUGAUUGCUCCCCGCCUUUCCCCUGCCUUCGGUGCCCCAGGCGCUGCUGCGAUGAGUUCUGAUGGUUCACGUGGCUUCCUGGGCAGCAGGCACUGCUCCUCCAGGAAGACUCGGGCACGAAGCUUGCUGUGAGGGUUUUGCUCAUUUAGAGAUGCCUCCUUAUCUGCCUCUCUGGCCAUCUUUGUAGAGAGGGGUCUAAGCAACCUGGAGUCUCCCUUUUGUUACUCGGGAUGAGGAAAGUACAUGUUUUUGCAAUAUGCUAUCUCAUGAUUUCUGGUAUUAAGAAAAAGAAGAAAAAAUCUUUGUAUCUCUAGUCACCACUUCCCCCAGGAGGAGCUUUGCUGUCGUUUAUGUUCCUAAUUCUAAGGAAAGUCCAUUUUCUAAGUAGUUUAUUUUACUCUAAAUUUCAUACCAAAUACCUGAUCAGUAGUGAUGAUGUAUUUAAACAGCGAGCAGUCAUGAUCCAUCUUAAUGAAAACUGUCAGCAGUACUUAGUAGUGAAUAGAUAAGAUAAAUUUCAAAACAAUUUCUAUUUGCGAUUAGAGACUAAAUUAAGAUUCAGUUUACAUUCUCCUUUAAAUCCUGAAUGUGGUGAUUCUGUUCAAGCAGUCCUCAUUUUGGGGAGGGUCUCAAUAACUCAGGGUUUUAGUGAGGGGAAUGCCUCAGGGUCAGUGAGUUUGUCUCAUCUUUUCUUGUCUAUUGAGACACAUUGUAAGAAAACUUGGGCAGUCUUGACCAGACCAGUCGUGGCUUUUCAGACUUAGGCUCAGUGACAUGCUUCUAAUACGGUUUCAUGCCAGCCUUCCAAACUCGGUAUCCACUCUGACUCCAUCUUCCCAGAGCCUUUCACUGAUAAAGGUAACAUCCUUCAGUUCAUUUUGGGGAGAGGGAAGAGGGUCUCCUCCUGCCCCAAGGAAUUUUUUUCUAAUCAAAAGAUCUUAAAAGGGGGAAUAUAACUUUAAACAACUUAAUUUCUCAGCCAUGUUAAAUACCAGUUCCUGUGCAUGAUUUUGAAUGUGGUAUAAAUUUGCUCUCUGCUGAAUGCCGUUCCCUCUCCCACCUGACUGAUGAGUAUCUUUACUGGGUUGACACUCAAUGCCUUAUGUGCUCACUUGGUUUUCCUUUUGCUGCUGUUUUCUCCACUGUAUGUACUCAGAUUGUGUCAAAUGCGGGCAGAACCUCUACAACUGUCAAGAAAAUGCUUGAAAGUUUGGUAUGUCAUAGUGUAAAUUUAUGACUGAUGUCUUAAUGUUAUUUGGCUAAGUAGCCCAUAGGACAGAAAAUAACCUAAAUAAAGUCAUUUUUGUAAUUUAA